GCCAAGGCUUGCGCUGCGAGCUGAGCCUGCGCCGCUGCAGUGCAGCCUGCAGCAUGGCAUUUGUUCCAGUACGCUUGAUCUCAAAUACAAACUUGGCGCCUACGAGUGAAGCGAAGGCAGAAAAAAGGAGGAAAAGCAGAGAGGAGUAGACAGUCCUUCAACAACAGGUUCAGGGAUAUCCUACUCGUUCGUGCUUUCGCAAAUGGCCGAUGCAGCAAGCAUCUGGGAUGGAUUGCAAGCUGCAAGGCACAUAGAAAGAGAACGCGCAGUCAUACAGCUGGAGAAGAAACUGGAAAGCACAGAAGAUGCUGAGAGAACACUUUUACUAGAAGAAGCAGCUGAGAAUGUGCGGCGCUUGGUGUCUACGGAAUCUUGGGAGGCAAAGCAUGGAGGAUUCCUAGCAGCUAAGGUCAUCCUGUCCGAGUCCAAAGAUGCCGCCUUUGCGGGGGAGAUCUUGCAGCUGGCGCUGGAUCAUCUGGAGGAUCCCGAAGCACACGUCAGGCUGGCGGUGGCAGAGUGCGUCUUUGUGCUUGCGCGAACCGCGGACAACCAGACCUUCUUGACUGUUCGCGACCCCAUAAUGCAGAGCAUCGAAGACAACUACGAGCGUGAAGCAGCUUCAAACGACGCGAGCCCUGAAGAUGACGUCAGCGGGGACGUUCCCAGCCCGACCGCUAAUCCCCGAGCAAACCCAGCGCAGAGCGGAGUGCGGAGCAUGUAUCGGCCGCACUCCUGGGCCCGGAAAGCGGAGCUGGCGGCAACCAUGGGCAGCUUGCAGCGCCUCGAAACCUCCUUCAAAACGCUGCAACGGCUGCUCGAAGGCCGGGCUGAGGGGCCCGCCGCUCCGCCGGACCCAGGAAUCCCUCUCGUCGACGCGCGAAUGUGGGCGGCUAUCAAGCGGGCGUUGACGCACAAGAAUCGUUUCGUGCGUGAGACGGGGUUCUACACGCUGCGGGCGCUGUUCGGGGGGUCCCUUGGGGAAAAAGUGCAAGACGGCGCUGCGAUUGCGGACAUGCUGGCGGCCGGGCUAGGGGACAAUUGGAGCCAGGUUAGAUACGCUGCUUCCGUGGCCACUCGUGCGUUCGUCGUUGCGGCUACGGCUGACGCUCAGCGCUUGUACGGCAUGCUUCUGCCGCCCAUGUGCCUUAACCGCCACUACAUCGCGGAGGGCGUCCGCAUCUUCUCCCAGGAGACGUGGAAACUAGCGAUGGGCACUAACGGGCGCGACGCGCUCGCGAGGAUCGCGCCGGAAACCGCAGCCUACUACGUCCAGCAGUGUUCGUCAAGCAAUUACGCGGUUAGAGAGGCGGCGUGCCAUUGCAUGGGGGAAAUGGCGGCAAAAGUGGAUCCCGCGCGCGUCGCCCCGCAGGUCGGGGGAAUGCUCCGGGCGCUUCUGCCGGCGAUGGGCGAUGUGAAUUGGCCCGUGAGGGAGGCAGCGUGCGCAGCAUCCGGCCAGUGCGUGGUUACUUUUCCUGACGUUUCACGUGCCUCGCGCGACCAGCUCCUGUCCACGUGGCUCUCGCUUCUGAGAGACAGCAUUCCCUCGGUGCGCGAGAGUGCCGCGGUCGCUGUCGGAUGCGCCACCACCGCGUACAAGGACGAGAUCGCGCCGCAGGUGCUCGCCGAGCUGCGGACGCUGCUCUCCCAGGCCAAACAACAGCCGUCCGGAGGUGUACAAAACGACGCGAACGGAAGCAGAAAACCGGACAGCGCCGCUCACUCCACCAACGGAAGCGCCGACCCUCCGAAUGCCACGUGUCCGAAUCUGGACGGCGAGGCCGAGUGUCCGCAGCCCGUCCGGAACGGCGAGCCCUGGGAGGCGUCCGAAGGGGGCAUCUACCUGCUGCGGGAACUGUCGGCAGUGCUUCCGGAGAAAGUGCCGUCGUUCCUCCCUCUUCUAGCAGAGCUCGGCCAUUGCACGGGCUUCGAGCGGUUUCCAGACCUGCUGGAUACGCUGUGGAAGCAACUACCGGUCAUAGCCAAGAACAUGGGCAAGAAACGGUUCAAGGCGUACCUGGAACUUUUCCUUGACCCGCUCUUCUGGGCGCUGACGUGUCGCCAGCGCUUGGUGGAGAGCGCGGCCGGGUAUUGCGUCAGCGAGUUGCAGGAGCUCAUCGGCCCCACGAUCUUCCGCGCCCGCUUAGACGAUCACCAGCGGGCGGCCCUCGAUUCUAGCCCGUUCGUGGGCCCGCCCGCCCUCCAAGCGCAGUCCGCCGCCGUCAAUAGGACAAUCAUAAAGUCGGCGACUUUAGGCUCGUCGGGGCUGCAGUUCGGAGCGCCGAUCAUGCUGGCCCCCAGUACGCGACCAGAGUAGAGGGUAUUCGAGGUUACAGCAAUCGCUGAUCAAUUCCGGCUUUAGUUUUUCCAAAAAGAUCGAGCGGGUCAUUCAAGAGUCCAAACAUAUCUUGUGGCAGUUCUGGUCAUCAAACCGCAGGCUACACGUCUUUGUGCGUGAUCUUUGCUUGAAGCAUAUGCCAAUUUGGCACCGGGCCUGGGCUAAAUCUGCAAACCCCAAAGGCUGCACUGGUCAUGCACUGAGAGGACGUACG